AUGUCGCACAGUCCAUCCUCGAAUUUAGAAACAUUUUCAUUAUUAUGGCUCGAUGCCAACAUUCACAUAACGGAAGAUAACUUAUAUACGCAACAACGUUUACGAAGUGCUAUUAAUUUUCUAAAAACAUUUGAUCAGCCAGACACUUGUGAAGAAUUCAUACAAAAAGCAACAGAUGAUAAAAUUGUCUUUAUCGUUUCGGGUAGCUUGGGUAGAGAUAUUGUUCCCCGUUUACACGAUCUUCCUCAAUUGAUUUCAAUCUACAUUUAUUGCUUUGACAAGAACACAUACGAGCAAUGGGCCAAAAACUACGAAAAGAUUACUGGUGUAUUUACUGAAACCGAAGGGCUGAUUACAUCAAUUAUUGAAGACCAAAAAGUACGCAAUGCUGUUGAACAAUCAGCUCCUCUCUCGGUUUACAAUGUUAAAGUUGAGAGCACACACAAAAAUUUAAAAGAUGAAAAUAUCGAAUUUGCAUGGUUUCAGUUAUUCGUUGAAACCCUAAUUGCAAUACCACGUUCCUCAACAGAGAAAGAUGAACUAUUAAAUAUUUUUGAAACUUAUUACGCUGGAAACUCUGUGGAAGAAGACAUUAUUGAAGAAUUUAAACAGACUUACAAGCCCACAAAAGCAUUUUGGUGGUACACGAAACAUUGUUGUCUGUAUAAACUAUUGAAUAAAGCUCUACGUAUUCAAAACAUGGAUAUAUUGUACCCGUAUGCAUUUUUCAUUUCUGAUAUGUACAAGUUGCUUAAAAGUGAACAUAUUCGAUACUUGAGUCUGUUGAAACAACGAGAUGAAACCACUUUACAUGUCUAUCGAGGACAGGUGGUGCCCGAAAGAGAAUUAACUCGUAUAAGAGAGAGUGUUGGUCAGUUCAUAAGCAUCAACAGUUUCUUGUCAGCAAGUCAUAAAUAUGAUAUCGCACUUCAGUUCACUAAAGAGACUAUCAAUGAUCAUUUGAUGCAACGUAUUGAAAUCGAUACAAGCAUAGAAAUAACAAAGCCAUUCUGUGACAUAUCGUACUUCAGUUGUUUUCCCGUAGAACAAGAGGUUCUUUUUAUGCUCGGUUCGAUUUUUCGCAUAGACAAUGUUAUUUUCAACGAAAACGAAGAAGUUUGGCAUUUGAAACUAACAUUGUGUGAUGAAAAUGAUAACGAUAUGAAAGAUCUUGUUCGAUAUAUGCAGAGAGAUUUAGAGAAUCCUGGUGAUUUGCUAUUAAAACUAGGAGAAUAUGAUAAAGCUGAAAUUUAUUAUAACCGUACAAUGCGUGAAUUGAAACAAAAUGAUCCAGCUAUUUCCAUAUGUUAUCAUGGACUCGGGGUUAUUGCGCAAGAGAAAGGUGAUUAUCAGACAGCAGUUGAUUAUCAUCAGAAAGCUCUCAACAUCCGGCAAGAACACUAUCCGGCAGAUGAUUUACGAAUUGGAUACAGCUAUUACCAUCUUGGAAAUGUAUUCAGGCAGACAAUGGAACAUGAAAUGGCAAUAACGUAUUACAAAAAAGCGUUGAAACUCAUGUCUGACUCGAUCGUACCUGUUCAUGCCGACAUUGCUCUGGUUUAUAAAAAUAUUGGUUAUCUUCAACUGAAUAAAGGUCAAUACGAUGUAGCUUUAGGCAGUUUCAAGCAAAGUCUCAUUAUCGAACAAAAAUAUCUACCUCCAAAUCAUUCAAAUAUUGGCAUGAGUUACAUGGCCAUUGCAAAAUUGUAUCAUAGAAAAGAAGAAGACAAGUUAGCUUUGCAAUAUUUCAAUAGUGCCCUAUCAGUAUUCAAGCAAACGCUGCCGCCCACCCAUCCUUACAUUUCUUCAACAGAAAAUUAUAUAAGAGAUACUAAUAAGCGCAAUGAGUCGGAAGAGAUUAUCACGAGCUAUCUGUGA